AUGUUUCUGUCUCUUCCUACGUUGACUGUCCUUAUUCCAUUGGUCUCUUUAACCGGACUGUUAUACUCAGCCUCUGUGGAAGACGACUUCCCACAGGGCUGCACGAGCACAAGCAGCCUGUGCUUUUACAGUCUGCUCUUGCCGGUUACCAUACCCGUUUAUGUGUUCUUCCACCUUUGGACUUGGAUGGGUAUUAAACUCUUCAGGCAUAAUUAAUACAACCAGAGCCGAGAUGGCAUAUCCUAAUGAUACGCCUGAGCGUCUGUCUCUGACACCUCAAUACAUGAAAGCACUGGAAUCCCACUUAAUUUGCAGGAAAGAGGCUUUGCCUAGCUUCUGUCAGAGGUAUAGGACUAUGGGAGGCUUACGCUGCAAAGGCUUCUAUAUUGCACUUUGGUUCUGCCCUUGUUUGAAGGUUCCCAUUUAUACCUGGGGUAUCAGGAGAAACAUUUCAACAAAGUGUCUUGUUAGAAAUUAACAGCCCCAGCCAUCCUCUGACGACUUUAUUUCUUAUCCCAUUCAUUAUUAAAAGUUAUUAACUUGAAAUUCUAUAAUGUUUAUUUUAGAUUCAAAGUCUUUGGUAGAGUCACAUGUUAAGGAUGACUGAAAUAAUUCCAUAAGAGUUGUGCUGGCGUAGUUGUAGAGAAAUGCAUUUGAACUAAUGUGAUAUAAAACUAUAAUAAAAUGGAAACUUCAUGUACUUGCCAAAAUUAUGAGUUUGUAAAAUUACCUUCUUGGCAUCACCUACUUAACAGUAAUAAUAAAAUAAGAUACUGACAUUUUCCAUAAAACAAUUUGUAGUUUUGUGGGGUUUCUCCCCUCCUUCGCUCACAAGUGUGAUUCUAAGGAAGGGAAAAUGUAAAAUAGUCUAAAUUUUAAAGUUAAACUAUUUAGAGAGGCACAUAAUACCCAAAAUAGAAUCAUUUCCCAGGAAAGUAUGCGCCUCUGGAGGUAGAGGUGGGUUUGGAAGAUUUGUAAAUAGCUUAUUCUGUGCUAUUGAGUUUAGGGCUACAUUUUGAGCCACAUUUCAGUUUAUUUUCCUGCCAUAGGAGACCUAGUUAGCACCACUAAGGGCAUGAGCAUUUUACACAUUAAUAGUUCCUGAUUUUCCAGAACUUUCAACAAGAUUGAUUAGUACAAUAACCGUUUCAGAGGUGUAGCAUAAAUAUUUUCAGUAGUUACCCUAAAGAAACCCAAGAACUGAAUAUAACCUUAACUGAUUCUUAAUAGAAUCUUAAGUAGUUUAACAAAAGCAUUAGACAGUGAUUCUUGAAUAUUAAAAUAAGUUAGAUGUGUUUUCUGUUGCAUUAAUUCAGUGUAUAUACUGUAGUACAAGUCAUGUUUUAGAAAUUAUUCCCUGGCAAUAUAUAAAUAAGACAAUAGAGGUACCUAUCAUUUCCUGAAAUGGCAUUAUUGUUCUUUUUAAUUUGCCCUAAAUCUCACUAUGGUCAGUGUAAAUGAAACAAUUUUGCUGAUAAAACAAGCACUGUAUUCUGAAAAGUCAGCUUUAGCUUUUUCAUGCUAAGCAUUUUACCAUUUUAGAGGAAAUUAUCAUAUCCCUGGGGGAUUGCAGUAGUAACUCCAUCUUUUCACUAGUAGAAUUUACUUAGCAAUCACUGUGUAGUACAAACUAUACACUAGGUACAGUUCUAAACAUACAACAUCUUAUAACCUAAGGGGUAGGGUAGGUAAAGUUAGCACCGUCUCACAGAUGAGGAAACUAAAGCACAGGGAGAUUAAGUGGUUUACUCAGAGUAACAACAAUAAUUGAAGUUGAAACCACCUGGCAAUGUGGCUUUAAGGUCUGCCUUCUGAAUCACUAUACAGUGCUGCUUUAUUUUGAGCAAACUCAUCCUUUCUAUUUACAGGAAAAAUAAAAUGAGGAAUCAAAAUGCAUAGGUUCAAAUUCUUAAUCAAGCCUGAUGCCCUAUUGUUUUCCUGAGUAUCAUAUAUUUUAUCUCUCUUCUAGCACUUAACCUUGUACUGUAAUUGUCUGUGUAGAUUGUUCAACAUUUUUUAUCUAGUGCUUAGCACAGAGGCAAUAAGCAAGCACUUCCUGGAAGAGUGAACACAUAGCUCUGACAAGCCUUGUAACCAGGCAAAUUACUUAGCUCUGUGCUUCAUCUUUAAGGCUAGAAAUCCUUCCCCUGCUUGCUCCGUAAAACUGAGGAACAAGCUAAACUUUACACAUGAAAGCACUUUAUAAAGAACUCAGUGGUACUGACUUGCGGAAUGGCCGCAGGAAGAGCUGUGGAGACCAGUUCCCCAGUGAAACAACCCUAACUGGUGAAAAUUAAAAACAAAACAGCCAAAAACAGAUGAUUGAACCUGGUGUACCCCCAAAAAAAUAAAAAAAAUAAACAAAAAACAACACAGCCAUUAAAAGUCUCUGGAAACUAUCUAGGAGCAUAUAGCCAAGUGAGAAAACAUACAAGAAAAUCUAAAACUUAAGUACAGCAGUUUGAACCACCACACAGGUCUUUCUCCCUCCUCUCAGCUCAGCGUAAUAGCCACUCCAGAAGUGGUGUGGCCAUGAGCACGGCCCCUCUUCCCCAGCUCCUAAUUGAGGGUCAUGGUAUUUCCCCAGGAGGAGCAGGCCACCAGGAGAGUAAAGAUAAUUAUGUAACUAGAGAAGUGUAAAUGAUAAAAAAGGAUUUUUUCUUAACUAAUUUGCAGAGCAAUUGUAUAAAACAAUAUAUAUACAAUUGUAUUUUGGGGUCAACAUCUUAUUUGCCAUUAACAGCACAAAGGAAGUGAGUGGCUGAGAGCAAAGCUGUACUGGAGUAAGGAAAUGACACUAGAAGGUAACUUGAAUUCACAGGAACAAAUGAAGAGAACCAGAAAAGAUAAAUAAGGUUAAUGUAACUAAUGCUACAAAUAAGUACUUGUUCUUUCUUCUCUCAAUUUCUUUAAGAGGUAUUAAAUUAUAUAAAGUAAUAAUUAUUAUAGUAUUGUUGAGUUUGUAACAUAGAUGAAAUAUGCAUGACAAUAUCAUGGAAAGCUGGGAAAGGAACAGAACUACCUAGAAGAAAUAUUUCUCUAUCUCACUGGCACGCCUAAGAGCAGAUCUGCAGUUUUAAAAUAUUUCUCAGACCCUUAUACACUACUGGUGAGAAUAUAAAAUGCUGCAGCUUCUUUGGAAGACAGUUGGUAGUCCCUCGAAAAGUUAAACACAGUUACCAUAUGACCUAGCAAUUCCACUCCUAGGUAUAUACUCAAGGGAAAUGAAAACAUGUCCACACAAAAACUUGUGCACAAAUGUUCACAGCAGCAUCAUUCAUAAUAACCAGAAAGUUAGAAAGCAACCCAAAUGUCUAUCAACUGAUGAAUGAGUAAAUAAAAUGUGGUAUGAAUAUGAAUACAAAGAAAUAUUAUUUGGCAAUAAAUAGGAAUGAAGUACUGAUAUAUACUAUAACAUGAAUAAAUCUUGACAAUAUUAUGCUAUAAUGAAAGAAGCUAGUUAUAAAAAAUCACAUUGAUUUUGUAUCGAUGAAAUGCCCAUAACAGGCAAAUCUGUAGAAAUAGGAAGUAGAUUAGUGGUUGCCUCGGGCUGUGGGUGAACAGGAGAUUGCAGUUAUGGCUAGAAGGUACAGGGUUACUCUUUGGGGUGAUGAACAUGUUCUAAAAUCGACUGUGGCAAUGACUGCACAAUUCUGUCACUAUACUAAAUCCAUCGAGUUGUACAAUGUACACGGCUGAAUUAUAUGCUAUGCGACUUAUAUAUCAAUA